CCGACUCUUAUAAGCAGGGAAAGUUUGACAAGUGUGCUUCAGUUUCUUCAUAGUCUCUCUGCUUUGGAUUUGGUGAACGAUCCUCAGAAGCGACGGAGUGAGUCCCUGCAGGGCAACCCUCCUCUCACUUCACUCCAGCUAGACGUCCCUCAAGAUGGGUGACUGGAGUGCAUUGGGAAGGCUCCUCGACAAGGUGCAGGCCUACUCCACCGCCGGAGGGAAGGUCUGGCUCUCGGUUCUCUUCAUCUUCCGGAUCCUCGUUCUGGGAACGGCCGUGGAGUCGGCCUGGGGCGACGAGCAGUCGGCUUUCAAGUGCAACACCCAGCAGCCCGGUUGCGAGAACGUCUGCUACGACAAGUCGUUCCCCAUCUCGCACGUGCGCUUCUGGGUGCUGCAGAUCAUCUUCGUGUCCACGCCCACGCUUCUGUACCUGGCGCACGUCUUCUACCUGAUGCGCAAGGAGGCGAAGCUCAACCGCAAGCAGGAGGAACUGAUAGCGGUCCAGAACGAAGGCGGCGACGUGGACCUCCACCUGAAGAAGAUCGAGCUCAAGAAGCUCAAGUACGGCCUGGAGGAGCACGGUAAGGUGAAGAUGAAGGGCGCUCUCCUGCGCACGUACAUCAUCAGCAUCCUGUUCAAGUCCAUCUUCGAGGUGGCCUUCCUCAUGAUUCAGUGGUAUAUUUACGGCUUCAGCCUGGCGGCCGUGUACACCUGCAAGCGCUUGCCUUGCCCCCAUCAAGUCGACUGCUUCCUCUCCAGGCCCACGGAGAAGACCGUCUUCAUCGUCUUCAUGCUGGUGGUCUCUCUGGUGUCGCUGUUGCUCAACGUCAUCGAGCUCUUCUACGUUUUGUUCAAACGGAUCAAGGACCGUGUGAAAGGCCGACAAAACCAGCUCGUCACCGGCACGAUGAGCCCGACGCCUAAGGACCUGUCCACGACCAAGUAUGCCUACUACAACGGCUGCUCCUCGCCGACCGCGCCGCUGUCGCCCAUGUCGCCUCCGGGCUACAAGCUAGCCACUGGUGAAAGGACCAACUCGUGUCGCAAUUAUAACAAGCAGGCCAAUGAGCAAAACUGGGCCAACUACAGCACAGAACAGAACCGUCUGGGCCAGAACGGGAGCACCAUCUCCAAUUCACACGCUAGAGCCUUCGACUACCCCGACGAUACGCACGAGCACAAGCAACUAACGCCGGGCCACGAGCUGCAGCCGCUGGCGUUGAUAGAUGCCCGGCCGUGCAGCCGGGCGAGCAGCCGCAUGAGCGGUCGACCGAGGCCCGACGACCUGGAUGUCUAGCCGCGCGACCUCGUGCCACGUCACUGCGCUAGAGGACUGACGCAGGCGCUCACUUCCUGUACCGAGGGGGCGGGGCUAAAUCCGCACAAGUUCCUCAUUCUAGACUCUAGUCGAUACAGAGACAUAAAAUUACUCACACUGCUGGAGGUACUAUUCGUUAAUAAUGAUGUCGAAACUAGCACAGCUAACACGCCCUAACAACCGAAAAAGCCAGGUGCCCAAGAGAGAACGCGUGGGCCGUAUGCGGCGCGUCUCUCAACACCAGAAUAUGCCUUGGCGAUUCGUUUCCUUUUGCUUUUAUGGGUUUCGUAAAAUGAUUCGGUUUUAACACGUUGCACUCCCAUGUGUCGUUUUCUAACCCCCACCGUUGAUCUCACUUGUUAUGUCACUCAUUUUUAAGUCGUUUUGGAUAAAAGCAUCUGCUAAAUGACGAAAUGUCAUUCAUUCUCAUGACCUCGAAUCUGUGUCGUCCAACAGGGUGUUUAAAAGGUGUUCACAACGAAUUAAUAUUUAUUUAUUCAUUAGAUUAACAGGAUGUCCACCACUAUAAAGAAGAUUGACUACUAAUCAAGGUCAUGUCUACAUAACUAAUACCAUCCAAUCGCAUAUUUAUUGACAAUAAUCCAAAUUUCAGCAGUACGUUCAUCAGCAAAUAAGAGAAGGGUUUUAUUAAUCACAGUGGACUGUCAUUUUCCUGAUAAACUUUGAAUUUAUGUGGUGUUGGUUUUGUUAUUCGAUGACAUUUCAUCGUUAUUUUUGGUGGUGGUGGUGGUGGUCUGAAACAGAAGAGUUUAUGUGUAGACUUUCUUUUUUUGUUUUUGUAUUUAGAUUUUUUGCUGAAAUUGAGAGAAAGGCUUUGUUUUUGUUCCUUUUUUUAAACGUAUGUCAUUUUUCUUUUCCGAUUCGGUUUGAAAUGAAUUAGAGUAGACUUCAUGUUUUCUCGUGUCUUGCCUUUGGAGUGAAUGACUUGUUAACUCGAUGUAAUCACUGCUGCUUGAGAGAUAGAGAUUUAGUACUGUAAAUCAAGCUAACUAUGUCACAAAUGUGAGUUUUUAGAAGACUGCUUGUAAGAGCUGGACUAAUAUUUAGUCAGUUAUAUUAAAAGAUAAAUGCCAGCGUAGCUCCACAACUACCAAACGCUAGUAGGCGAAAUUUCAUUUCGGACAUUCAUUCUUUUGAUUCUCAAACGUUGCAUCAUAACAUGUUGGUACUCAUUCGCAGAGGCUCAUGGAUAUUUCAGCUACGAUGGUGUUUGCACUGAGAGUUUGUCUAGGGUGUUAUUUGAAGCAAAAAUGACAAGGAAAGUUCUCUGUUAUGCACGAAACUAAUUUAUUUUACAACACACUACAAGGCGUAAAUUCACUACACUUUUACAGCGCGCUCACAGAAUCUUUGGGUUUUGGAUGUCUGAGGUUUUACAUCUGGUAAAUAACACAAAAGGUUUCAAGUUGGUUUUCAAUUGAAACAACACUGAUGUUUGUCAUUCCUUGGGAAUCCACUGUUGUACAGUGUUCAUGUUGAUGGAAAAACAUGCAAUCGAAUCGAAAAAAAGGACGUUAAUCCAAUCUGUGAAAAGCAAUUUAACCAAUAAAGUUUUUUCUUUGUAA